UGUGUUAGACCGCAUCCCUCAAGUGAAUUUUAUUAAAAAUUUCAUCAACAAGUGGUCUGUAAUGGACAUAAAUGCAUAAAAUUGCUAAGUUGAAAGUGUAUUAUGUAUAAACACUUACUAAAGUUUCAGGAACAAAGUAGUAAGCCUAAAAAAUUUGAUUACAAUUAGUGCGUUUGCCGCAUUCAUUACCUACCAUCAUUGAGUAUCUAUUUAAUUAAAGGUUACUAGAUAUUUAUAAGCAGGCGUCAGGCAUUAUGGAGAACCAAGUUCGGUGUUAUAGUGAUAUUUCUGCAGAAGCGUUCAACAUUGAAAAAAUUAUCACGGACACUUCUUCAGAUCAGGUGGAUGUAGAGACCAUGAUUAUGAAAAUAUAUGCUCAAUUUGAAAAUAAAGCUGCUAAUGAUCCAGACCUACCAAUAUUGAACAGACAAGUGCACUGUAGUUUGCUCAAGAGUUGGCUCAAAUCUCUACCAAAAAGUUAUGAAUGCUUGGAUGCUAGUAGACCAUGGCUAGUGUAUUGGAUACUUAACUCAUUAAGUAUAUUAGACGAUAUGCCCGACAAAGUGAUAUUAUCACAUAUUGUACAGUUUUUAUCACAUUGCCAACAUGAUGACGGAGGCUAUGGUGGAGGACCAAUGCAGUAUUCUCACCUUGGAACAACUUAUGCUGCUGUAAAUGCCCUUAGCAUCAUUGGUACCGAUGAAGCUUAUGAUUCCAUUGACAGAAGCUCAUUGCAGAAGUUUUUAUGGACAGUUAGAGAUGUAGAUGGUGGUUUUGCACUUCAUAAAGGUGGAGAAAAGGAUAUCAGAGGAGCAUAUUGUGCUGCGAGUGUUGCUAAACUAACAAAUACUUAUACAGAUGCUCUGUUUGAUAAAACUGGAGAAUGGAUUAUUGGCUGUCAGACAUAUGAAGGAGGUUUUGCCGGCACACAUGGCAUGGAAGCUCACGGUGGCUAUGCUUUUUGUGGAAUUGCAGCACUAGCUCUUAUAAAUAAGACUCACUUGUGCGACAUAGAUAGUCUAUUGAGAUGGUGUGUAAAUCGACAGAUGAAACUUGAGGGUGGUUUCCAAGGGAGAACAAAUAAACUUGUUGAUGGCUGCUAUUCGUUUUGGCAAGGCGCUGCUUUGCCUGUGAUUAGUGCUAUCCUUUCACAAGAAAACCAGGAAUUAAUAGAAACAGUAUUAUUUAACCAAGGUGCCUUACAAGAGUAUAUAAUAAUUUGCUGUCAAAGUCCUGAUGGUGGACUUAUUGAUAAACCUGGCAAACCUAGAGAUAUCUACCACACUUGUUAUACACUGAGUGGGCUGUCAGUGGCGCAGCAUGGUACAGGCGCUGGGGAUGCGUUUGUGAUAGGCACGCCUCGCAAUGAAGUCAACCGAGUCCAUCCACUUCAUAAUAUAGCUCCUCACCUCGUUUACAAUGCUGUACAUUACUUCAUAAGACAUCCUCCCCCAGUUAAAGAUAAAAACUAGCUACAAAGGUCUUAUUUACUAUCUUCAACACAUCUAAUGAUGUUACACUUUUGAAAUCCUCACGUCAAGCCUGGGUGUGGCACAGUUUCCAUAAUAAUGUCCAAAACAUACAUACCAUAAAAAUCGACAGUUUACUAUGUGUAACAUUAGCUAUAUGUACAUAAUGUACAAAUAAAAAAUAAUUUAUUUAUUUAUGGUAAGUACAUAUUAUUUAAUUGUGAUUAUGUGUUAAUAUCGUACCAAACUGUAUAAAGUGCUUUAUAUUAUAUAUUAUUAAAUGAAUGUUUGCAGGGUUGAGCAAAAUGUAAUUUUAACUCAGUACCUUAUUUGUCAAGUCCAUAUGUUAUUUGGCUACUAUUAAAGCAAACUAAUAGUUUGUAACAAGGACUGAAAGAGGUAGUUGUUACAGAUGUAUCCAGCGCAUGCAAAAUUGAAUGUAAAAUGCGUGCAGUGACGAUAAAUUUACAAUGUUUUUUUUUCUUUGCUUGCCAGUAUUGAAACCUCUACCAGAGAACAAAAAAGUAACGAGAACGGACGCUCUCCGCUCCUUCCUAGCAUUAGAUACCGCACCAUGCCUCGCACAUUGACGGUCACGUUGACUGAGCGACAACAAGGCUGUCGGCGGGCCGUUUUCGCGCUAAGACUGCGUUGAUAUUUGAAUAUAGUCUUCAUUUAUUCAUUACGAAAUUUGUACGUUAAUAUAUAACAUCAUUUUACGUUAUUAUUUAUAAUAGUCAUGAAUUGUGCUGGUUAAGAGAGGAGUUUCUUUCGUUGUCUGUCAGUUGAAACGAAGUUUCAAACAAAACUUGUGUCUGAGACGCCAUAACUUCGUGAGCUAGUUGACAAGGGUAAGGUCUCGAAUUUUCAAUCUGUAUUGCCGAUAAGUAUUACGUAGUGAAUAUACCUAAUUAUUAACUAGGUAAUGAUAAACUUGGACACGCAAUUUUAAUUACUUUGGUCACUUUAUUUAAACGUGUCUGACCAAAAGACAACAUUAUAAGUGCAUUUAAUAAUUUUUUAAAUAAAUCUUCAAUCGAGUUCUUAGGUUUU